UACAGUAAUGAACUUCACAGCACGUCGGUAGAAUUUUCCACUUUAAUUACUUAUUAUUAUUACAUAUUAUUAUUAUUCUCGGUUGAAGACAUAACGCAGUGACAGUUUGUGUUAAAGGUGCUGCGUUGAAUUUAAACGAAGCUGUAUUUUGUACGCUGCUACUUGUUAGCGUGUUAGCAUUAAUGCUAACCAUAAACAGAGCUACGGUUGAGUACUAGCGUAGAUCACGUGACUUCUGACACUGAGAGCACUACAGCGUGGAGGAUCAGCUGCUGUUAUCAUUGAGUCAGGAGUGCUUGCUUGACUGGUGUGUAACUGGUUUCCCUGGGUGAGGGAGUGAAUGAAUGAGGAUGAGCGGACUGGAGGUUUUCCAUGAGAAGCAGAGGUUGGAGCUGUGCGCCAUUCACGCACUCAACAACGUGCUGCAGGAGCGAGUCUUUACCAAGGAGGCUGCAGAUGACAUCUGUAAACGUCUCGCUCCACAGUGUGUGGUGAAUCCACAUCGUUCCAUGCUGGGUACAGGAAACUACGAUGUGAACGUGAUCAUGGCAGCUCUUCAGAGCCGUGGACUGGCCGCUGUCUGGUGGGACAAGCGUAGGUCAGUGCAGAGUUUGUGUCUGGAGAAAGUGCAUGGGUUUAUUUUAAACGUCCCCUCACGGGUGUCACUAGGAAUCGUCUCACUCCCACUAAAGCGCAGACACUGGCUCGCAGUGCGACAGGUCAACGGGCAGUACUACAACCUGGACUCUAAGCUUAAAGGUCCAGUCGGGAUUGGAGGAGAAACAGAGCUCAGGUCAUUUCUCAGUGAGCAGCUGGCUCAUGAUGUCGGCGAGAUGCUUCUUGUUGUCCAAAAAGAAGUGGAGGAUGAUGGGACAUGGCUCAUACCAGAUGAGUGUAGUAACUGAAAUCUCAGGACUAAGUAGUUCAUUAAGUGCAAUUGGACUGCUGGUGCAUGCCACAAAGAGUAAAGACGAGAUGCUCUUGUGCAGUACAACACUACCAAAGAUGGAAGGACGUAUUAACACUCAUACACAGAGAAAAGUCUCAUUAAAUAAGUUAUGUAAAAAGGA